CCCCGCGCAGGGCGGGGGGCGGGAGCGGCGGCGUGGGGAGCGCGCCCGGCGCUGCGCUUCCAUCCCUGCCCGCCGUGCCGCCAGCAUGUUCUCCAGGAAGAGCCACGCCGACGUCAGGAAAUCCACGCAGAAGGCGCUGGACCCCAAGCGGGACGUGCUGACCCGCCUGAAGCACCUCCGCGCUCUGCUGGAUAUUGUGGAUGGAAGUGACCUGAAGCAGUUUUUUGACAACAAUUAUUCUCAAAUUUAUUUUAUAUUCUAUGAAAACUUUAUAACACUGGAAAACAGCUUGAAACAAAAAGGGAAUAAAUCACAAAGGGAGGAGCUGGACUCCAUUCUCUUUCUUUUUGAAAAAAUAUUGCAGCUACUACCAGAGAGGAUAUUUUAUCGAUGGCAUUUUCGCAGUAUAGGGUCGAUUUUGAAGAAGCUUUUGCACACUGGAAAUUCUCUCAAGCUCAGGUGUGAAGGAAUCCGCCUGUUCCUGCUGUGGCUGCAAGCCCUGCAGACCAACUGUGGAGAGGAGCAGAUCCUGAUGUUCGCCUGCCUGGUGCCUGGCUUCCCCCCGCUGCCGUCCUCGCGCGGGCCCUGCACGCUGGAGAGCCUGGUCAGCCCCCCGGCCGCGCCCGACGCCAAGAUAUUUCCAGAAGAAAUAACGCCGCUUUUGCCAGCUGUCUCUGGAGAGAAAAUUGCAGAAGACCAGACCUGCUACUUUCUCCAGCUCCUGCUAAAAUACAUGGUAAUUCAGGCUGCCAGCUUGGAGUGGAAGAACAAGGAGAACCAAGACACUGGGUUUAAGUUUCUCUUUACUUUGUUCAGAAAAUACUAUCUUCCUCACUUGUUCCCAUCUUUUACAAAGCUAACCAACCUCUACAAACCUGUGCUGGAUAUCCCUGAUAUCAGGCCGAGGCCGGUGUAUGUUGCUGCAACACGGAACAAUGAGAGUGUCUAUUGCACCAAAAUCCCCUACAUGGCAGCUCGAGUGGUUUUUAUCAAGUGGCUUGUUACCUUCUUCCUUGAAAAGAAGUAUUUAACUGCUGUUCAGAAUACAAAAAAUGGAGGAGAAAUGCUCCCUAAAAUUAUUCAGACAGUCGCCGCGGGCCAGGAGAAGAGCGUGGAGCUGGAGGAGGGCUCGGCGGCGCCCGCGGGCGAGCAGGAGCGCGGCCACUCCAGCAGCAGCAGCAGCAGCCUGUCGGACAGGAGGCUCAGCAGCUGCAGCCUGUGCAGCGUGGAGGAGCAGCACCGCGGCGUCUACGAGAUGGUGCAGGGCAUCCUGCUCUCCACGCGCGGAUACGUCAACUUCGUCAACGAGGUGUUCCGCCAGGCUUUUUUGUUGCCUCCUUCUGAUAUCUCUGCAACACGGAAGGUGGUGAAAGUGUACCAGAAGUGGAUACUGCAGGAGAAACCUGUGUUCAUGGAGGAGCCAGACAAGAAGGAGGACAGCCAGGAUGCUGUUGCUCCCUUGGAAGACUCCUCAGUGCAAACAGACGGUAAACAUCUCUCCUCGGAGCCCUGCGGGCACAAGCGCUCCUCCAGCUGGGGCAGGACCUACUCCUUCACCAGCGCCGUCAGCAGGGGCUGCGUGCUGGAGGAUGAGGACAGGGAUGUGAAGGCUGGAGCUCAGGCUGCACUGCAGGUAUUCCUGACAAACUCGGCGAACGUUUUCCUGCUGGAGCCAUGCACUGAGGUCCCGUUGCUGCUGAAGGAGCAGGUGGAUGCCUGCAAGGCUGUUCUCAGCAUCUUCAGGCGUAUGAUAAUGGAGCUGUCCAUGAACAGAAAGACGUGGGAGCAGAUGCUGCAGAUACUCCUCAGAAUAACAGAAGCUGUGAUGCAGAAGCCAAAGGAGAACCAGACAAAGGACAUGUUUGCUCAGAGCAUGGCGGGGCUGCUCUUCCGAACCCUCAUUGUGGCUUGGAUCAGAGCCAACCUGAGCGUUUACAUCUCCCGGGAGCUGUGGGAUGAGCUGCUCAGUGUCCUGUCCUCCCUGACGGACUGGGAGGAGCUCAUCAAUGAGUGGGCCAACAUCAUGGACUCCCUGACAGCAGUGCUGGCCAGGACUGUGUAUGGUGUGGAGAUGACAAACCUGCCCCUGGACAAGCUCAGUGAGCAGAAGGAAAAAAAGCAGAGAGGCAAAGGUGGUGUUUUAGAGCCUCAGAAGACAGCUGUAGUAGGAAGAUCUUUUUCCUUAAGCUGGAAAAGUCACCCUGAAGUUGUGGAGCCGAUGAGAUUCAGAAGUGCCACAACCUCCGGGGCCCCGGGAGUGGAGAAAGCAAGAAACAUUGUCCGUCAGAGAGCCACAGAAGUUGAAGAAUCUCAACAGCUGGAAAAUUCAGAAGGAACAGAAGCUGCAGGCCCAUUUGCAGACCAAGAGCAGCAGCUAACUCGAAGCAGCAGCACUUCAGAUAUUGCAGAUCAGAUUCCAUCUGAUUUUUUCCAAGGUAAAAAGGCUGGAAAUUCAACGUCAGACUCCAAAUCAGUUCAGGAAAAUAAGGGAUAUGUAAAGGAGCAUGAAGCCGAGCAGGUGCUGAUGCGGAGGAGCAGCAGUACAGCUGAGUUGGAUCUGAAAGCAGACUUGCAGCAAUCUCACGGGUAUUACAGAGAGAGGGAGAAAAGUGAGAGCGUGAGCAGUGACACGUCCCUGGGCUGUGGAGCUGACGUGGACAUCGCCCUGGUGGCCUGGCAGGCGGCCGAGGAUGAGCCCGAGGCGGGGCCGGUGGCGGGAGCGGGCGGGGAUCCUGCGGCACCGCGCUGGCUCCAGCUCAGCCCCUCGCAGGAGCCCGCCAACCUCACAGACAGCAGUGAGUUCCUGGCUGAUGACUGCAGUAUAAUUGCUGGUGGAAGCCUUAUUGGUUGGCAUCCUGAUUCUGCUGCUGUGCUGUGGAGGAGAAUCCUGGGAAUUCUUGGAGAUGUGAACAACAUACAGUCACCGAAAAUCCAUGCAAAAGUUUUUGGCUACCUUUAUGAGCUGUGGUUUAAACUUGCAAAGAUCCGGGACAACCUCGCUAUCAGCGUUGACAAUCAGUCAACUCCCUCUCCUCCCAUCCUGAUCCCUCCUCUCAGGAUAUUUGCAUCAUGGCUGUUCAAGGCAGCCAUGCUGCCCAGCGAGUACAAGGAGGGCAAGCUGCAGGCGUUCCGGCUGCUCUGCGCCAUGAUGAGCCGGCGCCAGGACCUGCUGCCCAACUCGGACUUCCUGGUGCACUUCUACUUCGUCAUGCGCCUGGGGCUCACCAGCCAGGACCAGGACAUCGUGAACACCGUCAUAAAGCACUGCCUGCCAUGGUUCUUCUUCCUGGGGCUGCCUGGUUUCACAAUGCUGAUCGGGGACUUCCUCAGCGCGGCGGCGCGCGUGCUGAGCGCGGACACGCCGGAGGCUCCCCGCUCCGAAGCUCACACCAUCCUUGGUGCUCUUGUGUGCUUUCCAAACACUUACCAAGGAAUCCCACAGUUGGGACCCAUCUCAGAAGCUGGUGAGAGCAUUACAGGAACUGCAGAUUUGAAGUGUUGCCUCAUAAAUAUUUUAUUGAAGAAUGCCACAGAGGAGCCAUGUGAAGCUGCAAGAUGCAUAGCCAUCUGUGGCCUCGGCGUGUGGAUCUGUGAGGAGCUCACGCAGUGCACGAGCCACCCCCACGUGAAGAAAGCCAUCAAUGUCAUAGGUGUGACACUGAAGUUUUCCAACAAGGUGGUAGCCCAGGUAGCCUGUGAUGUCCUUCAGCUGCUGGUGUCUUACUGGCAGAAGCUUCAGGAGUAUGAAUCCUCCCUGUGCCGGAAAAUUACGGAAAUCCUGGUGGCCACCAUCGCGUUCCUCCUGCCCGGUGCCGAACACUCCUCCAUGGAAGCGGAUAAGAAGUUCAUAGUUUCACUGCUGCUUUGCUUGCUGGACUGGUGCAUGGCACUGCCCAUGAAAAUGCUGCUGGAGCCCGUGUCUGCUGGUGCUGUGGAGGAUCAACAUGCAUCCAGAGCUCCUUUGCUGGAUUAUAUUUACAGAGUCCUGCACUGCUGCAUCAAUGGCUCCAGCACCUACACGCAGCAAAGCCACUAUGUGCUGAGCCUGGCCGACCUCUCCUCCUCUGACUACGACCCCUUCUUGCCCCUGGGGAACAUCAGGAGCUCCUCAGAGCCAGCCCAGUGCCCCUCCUCCACCGAUUUGGGCAACCUGCUCACCGUGGCUGAAGAGAAGAGGAGGAGGAAUCUGGAACUGAUCCCUCUCACAGCGAGGAUGGUCAUGACUCACCUGGUGAAUCACCUGAGCCACUACCCGCUCAGCGGGGGCCCCGCCAUCCUCCACAGCCUCUUGAGCGAGAACCACGACAAUUCCUACGUGGAGUCCUCCGAGCUGUGCUCGGAAGUGUUCCGCAGCCCCAACCUGCAGCUCUUCGUGUUCAACGACAGCACCCUCAUCUCCUACCUCCAGAUCCCUGCAGAGAAGAAGGCGGGCGCCGAGCCGGCGGCGGCGCCCUCAGACGUGCGGGUGAUCGUGCGGGAUAUCUCGGGGAAGUACUCCUGGGAUGGCCGCGUCCUGUACGGGCCUCUGGAGGGCUGCCUGCCGCAGCACAGCACGGCCGCUGCCUUCGCCAUCUCCAGCGACCCACAGCGGUGUGGCCUUUCCCAGAGCGAUGGCUCCCAGGUGGAGGAGGGAGAGGAUGCCCUGGACCAGCUGCUGGAGAGGAUCGGGAGCAGCAGCCCCGAGUGCCUCCCGCACCCGCAGCGCAAGCUGAACGAGCCGGCGCCGCCGCCCUGCGGGAUGAGCGCCGAGCAGGAGCGGGCCAUCACCGAGGCCCUGCUGCAGCAGAGCGCCCAGGAAAGGGAGUUCAUCCUCAAGUGCAGCUCGGACUGCAGCAUGAGCGUGGCCCGCCAGGAGCCACCGCCUCCUGCCCAGCCCCAAGCCUCCUUUUAUUUCUGUCGGCUGCUGCUGAACGACUUGGGAAUGAACUCCUGGGAUAGAAGAAAAAGCUUUCAUCUGCUGAAGAAAAAUUCAAAGUUGCUGCGAGAACUGAAAAAUCUGGAUUCCCGCCAAUGUCGUGAGACUCACAAGAUCGCCGUGUUCUACAUCGCUGAGGGACAGGAGGACAAGUGUUCCAUCCUGGCCAACGCCAGGGGAAGCCAGGCCUAUGAAGAUUUUGUUGCUGGGCUGGGCUGGGAGGUCGACCUGUCCACGCACGGCGGGUUCAUGGGCGGCCUGCAGCGCAACGGCAGCACGGGGCAGACCGCGCCCUACUACGCCACCUCCACCGUGGAGAUCAUCUUCCACGUGUCCACCAGGAUGCCCUCCGACUCAGACGACUCACUGACCAAAAAGCUCCGUCACUUGGGGAAUGACGAGGUGCACAUCGUGUGGUCCGAGCACACCCGCAACUACCGCAGGGGCAUCAUCCCCACCGACUUCGGGGACGUCCUCAUCGUCAUCUACCCCAUGAAGAACCACAUGUUCUUCAUUGAGAUCAUGAAGAAACCCGAGGUGCCGUUUUUCGGUCCCCUCUUCGACGGCGCCAUCGUGACGGCGAAGCUGCUGCCCAGCCUGAUCUGUGCCACGUGCAUCAACGCCAGCAGAGCCGUCAAGUCCCUCAUCCCACUCUACCAGAGCUUCUACGAGGAGAGAGCUCUGUACCUCGAAGCCAUCAUCCAGAACCAUAAGGAAGUGAUGACGUUUGAGGAUUUCGCCGCUCAGGUCUUCUCUCCCUCUCCCAGCUACUCCCUCGGUGGAACUGAUUAGAGUGUUAAUGCUCUCGGUACAGUAACGGCCACAGGCUGCCUCACCACAAGUGCAAGCGCUGACCUCGCUGACACAGCUGGCGUCGAGCUGGUGGAGCCACCCUCGCCCUUGCUGCCACGUGCCUCCAGGAGCAGGGUCUCGGGGAAGCUCUGCUGCUCUUCCAGCACCCUCAGCAAGGUGUCCACCUGAGGUGUCCACUGAGGCCCUGGACAACAAAGCUAUGGCUGGGGCAGCCCACGGCACCUGAGCACAGAUCAGAAUGGGCAGUCUGGGUGAAUACGUCUUGAAGGGGCUGGGUGAGGGGUUUGCUCUGUGAAAUGGCCCUUCCCCAGUCUGGUCAAACAGGGCUGGGGAUUGGAUGUCACCUGUGUCACCAUCACCACUGCACCGGCAACAGGUGAGCAAGGGCCCCAAGCCCCUGGGUGCAGGUGCUGCAGCCAGAGGUGAACCAGCACUGAAACUAGUUAUUUAUUGUACCCUUAGAGCAUUGCUUUAGUCAUUCCAGGCAGCACUUACCUGUGCUUUAGGGAAUCUCUUCUAAAGAGAGGUUUUCCUGUGACUGGCCAGGUAGCAAAUGUUCCCUGCUGGAGCACAGGUGGAUGAGGGAGGAGCUCUCCCGUCAGUGCUGUCCCACUGCAAGAGUGCUGUGGCCUUUCUCUGGUGUGUGCAAUGGCUGUGCACUGGAACUGCUCCCUAGAGAAACAAAAAUAAGCAAAUCCCUUUUAGAAGAACAAAAGCCACACUCCUGCCAUGACCCCUUCCCAGCAUAGUGUGAAGAAGUGGGUAACCUCCUCACCUUGUCCCAGCAGGCUGUGACCUGCCUCUAGCCAGAGUACAACACAGCUGAAGGCUUCUGAGGACUUAGGGUGUCCUCCUGGCACCUGCUGUAGUGAGCAGAGCUCGUGUUGGCAGUAGCUGAUGUGUUUUGGUUUACCACGUGUCAUAGUUUGAUGGGGUGAAACUUUUUAUAGUUAAAUCCCAGGUAUUUUAAAGCAACAGAAAUCUGAGAUGCAGCAGCCACAGAGCCCUGUCCUGCUGCUGCUUGGUUGCUCCUGGGCACACACAUGCACACCUCCCAACAGAAUGGGAGUUGCUUUAGGCAGAGGGAUUGCAUUUUUUGGGAAAUGUGCCGUUAGGCCCCCAUCUGUUUUUGCACUUACACUUGGUGUUACGGCCAUCUGUCUGUCUGACCAUCUGAGUGCCAGCACCUGGCCAGAGGCCACCCUGUGCCUGUGGGGCACGUUCCAGCCAUGGCCAGUGAUUCCCGUGAGCUCUGUGCCCAAGGGGCAGCAGCUCAGCCUCGGUGCCCCACAGGAACUCACCUGGUGCAGCUGCAGGAAGGAGCUUCUGUCACUGAGGGCUUGGACAACUGGUUUGAUUUUCUGCCUCACCCCACCGUUGGGUUUUGCUUUCUGUUGAUUUUCUGUCAGUGAAGGAACCUAGAAAAUAAAACAUGUAUUUUAAUUUAUUUUACAUUCAGGGCCGGACAGGCAAGACUGUCUGGCACUUAGUUAUCCAAUAGCUGGUCUGAAACAAUUUCAAAGGCAUCCUUCUGAAUAGGGAGCCCUUUCUCCUUAGAGCAAUAUAUACCUCUAAUUCAGGGAAGAAUUAAGACAUCAAUGAAAAUCAUGUUUUCCUGAUGUCAAAAAACUAUUAAUUUGUAUAAACUCCACUGUGGUUUUGCACCCUGAACUGGAUGACAAAGCCACUCUGUUACCCCUCAUAAAAUGAAUAAAUCUUUGCUCACAAUAAAAUUUCUCCCCAGAGCAAUAAAA